UAUGCUUUCCCUCACCCGCCUGCAGUGGGGUUAAUAAUGCCCAGCAUUAACUAAUAGGAAAUCAAAUCAGAAGAUACCCAGAACACAAGUAGCUGAUGCUCAGAGAGCAGUAUUAAGGCGAGCACCCGCAGACCGGACCUGGAUGAUUCUCUGGAGUUCACCUCUAGCGGCCCCCUCCCCUUGGAGCCGCGCAAGCGUACACUGACUUUGCUCCUCUCUAGUGCCCCCGCCUCCAACAGCCGCCCCCCCGCACCCCCUCCCCGUCUGCCCAACACGCAGGCGCGUCUCCUCAAAUCCUGUCCCUACACCCCUCCUCUUUCUCUUCAUUUCGUUCCCCCUCCUCUUGCAGCACCUCAGCAGGUUCAAACUCUUCUCCGGGAGAGUGGCGGCGAUCGCGAGGUCACGUGAUGAGCAUCCUGCUGCCCAACAUGGCGGAGUUCGACACCAUCUCUGAACUGGAGGAGGAGGAAGAAGAAGCGGCAACGUCGUCGUCGUCGCCGUCGUCGUCGUCGUCUGUAUCUGGACCCGACGAUGACGAGGAGGAUGAGGAGGAAGAGGGGGAGGAAGAGGAGGAGGAGGAGGAAGAAGAGGAGGAGGAGGAAGAGGAGGAGGAGGCGCCGCCCCCGCCUCGGGUAGUGAGCGAGGAGCAUCUGCGGAGAUAUGCUCCCGACCCUGUAUUAGUGCGGGGUGCCGGCCACAUCACUGUGUUUGGCUUGAGCAACAAGUUUGAUACUGAAUUUCCCUCCGUUCUAACAGGGAAGGUGGCCCCAGAAGAAUUUAAGACCAGCAUUGGCCGUGUGAAUGCAUGUUUGAAAAAGGCUCUCCCGGUCAAUGUGAAAUGGCUGCUGUGUGGUUGUCUCUGCUGCUGUUGCACACUGGGUUGCAGCCUAUGGCCUGUUAUUUGUCUCAACAAAAGAACCAGAAGAUCAAUUCAGAAGUUAAUAGAAUGGGAAAAUAACAGAUUAUACCACAAGCUUGCUUUGCACUGGAAGUUGACUAAGAGGAAAUGUGAAACUAGCAAUAUGAUGGAGUAUGUAAUACUAAUAGAAUUCUUACCAAAAUAUCCCAUAUUCCGACCUGACUGAGGAGUUUUAUCCAGUCACUUCUGUGUUACCUGUCAUUUCCUACCCUUAGUGCCUUGUAGAUUUGGAAUGAAGAUGGUCUUCUUUGCUGUGUUCAACUUAUUCUUUAUAAUGGUAGAAUAUUCUUCUCACUCUUUUGUGUUGGUUUAUGAAGAACAUUUGCACAUCUUUUUGUCGUUAAAUGAGGCUUGUGUUUUGCACUCUCAAUUUUAAAUGCACACACAUGUGUGUGUGCAUAUACAUAUAUAGAUAGUUGCCAUUAAAGAUAAAUCAUCAGUGUUGGUGUUUAAAAAACAAAAACUUGUUCUGAGCAUGCUGCCUUAUAAUUUUCAUAUUCAUUGUUUCUAAACUCGCAUCAUUUUUCUAGGCUACUUGAUGCUCUGUAAUCCCUUACUGGACAAACUUAAAUAAGCUUUUGGUAGCUUUUAGAAAUGGUUUUACUCUGCUUUUAAAGGACAUGCAAUUAAUGGCACUGGUUUUGUCCUGCACUUUGCUUUAUCACUUAUGUUAGUGGAUAAAAUACUUAAACUCCUAAAGACUUGUAAAUAUUGCCUCUUUGCAUAAUGUAAAAUGUGGUAUGCCAUGGUUUACAUAAUGUAAUAUUACUCUUAUUGUAUUGCCAACAAUUUUACGUAAAUUUUAAUAUGAAUGAAGUUUGCAAGCAUCCCUUUGAAUGUAGAGACUGCUAACAUGCUGUUUUAUGGCAAGGCCAUAAUGAGUAUGUUAAGAAUUUCAGGUGUAGGGCAAGGUUGCCCUUUGUAACAAGUGGAUUAAAAUUGAAAUUAUUAUCUCAGAUAUUCUGUAUUGCACCUGAAACCAUGACCUUUAUUUUUCCAUUUCAUUUAAUAAUUUCCAUUUUGUUCUCUACUCCUUCCCACAAAAAAAAUUACUUGACAUCUGACACAUUUCACAGUCUCACUAUCCUGCAUUUAUUAGCCUUUUCUUCCUUUGAAAAUACACACAGUUAUGACCUUUAAGGAGUAUUUUGAGAUUUCAGAUAUCUUCAGAAGGUAUCUAGACCCUCUUGAAAGCCAUUAAUGCCUUUCUGCAGUUCUGAUAUUCUAGUUUGAGAAAGAGAGAACUAAUUGAGAAGCUGUAGCUAAAGAAUAUAUAGCAGCUGAUUCAUAAUUGAAAAAAAUUCUCAGUUCUGUUUUUGAAGAUCUUUUAUAAAACAUUAAUGAGGAAAGACAAGUGUUUAGACAAAAUUAUUUUAGUUUAUAAAUUCAGCACAUAUGUAACAUUUAUUUGGUACAUAUGUCUCUAUUUUUCUUCACAAUUAAAAUGAUUGCUAGCACCACACAACUAGAAUUUGAAAAUUCAGUAUAAUGAAAGCUUUAUAUCCCAUUAAUUCAACUACAAAUGUAUGCCUGUUUGCAGGCAUUAUUUGUAACUCAUAGUGCUAAAAAUAAAAGUGUCUAGGGCUCAAUAAUAUUUUGUCAUCUUACUCUUACUGCUUUUAGUAAACCUUUUAGGCAAGAUUCAUCUCAGUGAAGUGGACAAUCAUUUAUUCAUACAAGGUCAAGCCUUUUUAAGCCACUCUUAAAAUUUAUGCCUAAUUUGAAAUCCAUAGUCCUUGACCAGUUUUAAAAAGAGAUAAAAAGAAGAUACUAUUUGUUAUGUGAUUAUAAUUGUGUGCACAAACACUUUUCCACCUUCCUCUGUGCCCCAUUACCUCUGUGCCACUCAGCCACCCCAAAUCUCUAACCUUUAAUAAUAUGUAUGCCUGCAAAUAUCAUGUGUUUGCCUGCUGCAAAAUUCAAGGUGUAUUUUUAUAGACAAGGUAGAGGCCUCUGAAAAUGUAUACCAAAUGUCUUGUUUUAUAGCUAAGGUCAGGGAAAAAUUGUAUCUGAGGUUUAUGUUCCAGCUAAUGUUAUCAAAUUUACGCUUCAAACUGUGAUAUUUUAAUACCAAAAUCGAUUUUCAGCAUAAUAUAAAAUGUCUCAAUAUCACUGAUAGGAUAAUUGCCUUUAAGUGUUAAUCCUUAGAAGUCUUAUUUUUUUUUUCUGUAACCUUAGAAUUUGAUCAUAUGAUAGUCAUAGGAACUUUUUCUGCCAUGUAUAAAUCACACUUGGUUUUGCUCAAAGAACAGCAGGAAGUGGUAAAUUGUUUCCAUGAAACAAUUAUUGAGAAUGGGAAUAGAAUGUAUCUGGAAAUAACACGGUAUAAUUCAAGUUACAGUAGCAUUUGUCACAAAAACCAUUUGUCAGCAUGUGUAAACUUAAUUUUAAAGCCUAUUCUAAUCACUCAAGUUUGUUAUUUUAUGGUUCGUUAUGCUGGUUGACUCAUCUUAGUUUCUCCAACUACCCAAAAAAAUACCAAUUUUUUUCCUCUCUUGUAUGACCACUUUUUCAAACUGUUUUUCUUUGCAGGAGGCUGAUUAGCAAUUGAGUAUUUUGUAAUGUUUGCGGGGAGUGGUGCUUUGUUUUCAGUGAAAUUGGUUACAGUGAAUGCUAAAAUGACACAGCACACUGGUGAUUAAUUCCUCCCCCAUGGAGCCUUUUUUCUGUUACGCUUAGGAUAGAACAUACUUGUAAUUUUCCAUUAGGUUAGUAACAUACUUUUAUGAAAGUUGUUUUUAGACUGAAGAAAGUAAUUUUGAAUUUCUUUGUUACAUAAUAUUCCUUUAUGAAACUUGUGAUAGUUUCCAGAGCAAAACAACUUGUAUUUGCCAAAGUAUAUAAAUCUCACAAGGCUUUAAGGUUACAAGCUAAGAUUGUUUUUUUAAAUUAAUGUUCCAGUGUUUCUCAUUGGCCCAAGAUUCUAGCUUAAUAAAUUUGACCAACUGCCUAUUUUUAAGCUUGUCCUAAAAGCCAAUAACAUGUUUAUUCCUAAUAACUAAUAUGGACAAGUGUUAUUUACAGAUUUAUUAACUCCAUCCCAGAUAUAUCUCCACUCUUUGUUCCCUCCUAACACUUAGGCUAGUUUAGGAAAGAGACCACUGUAGUAAAACUUUAGAAGAAGAUGGAGAAGUGCCUUGUCUUUUUAGAACAAAGAUAACACAUUACGUGUAAGGAAGCAUAAUAAAUGAAUUGGUAGAUUAUUAGAUUGGAAAUCAUCCUUUUCAAUUAGGUUUAAGAAUAUUUUGCUGGUGUAUUAUCUUUUAUUUAUUAUGUAAAGCCUCUUUCCUUCCUUUUCCCCAAUCAUGAUAUAUUAGUGACAAAAUAUUAUAGAACCGGACUAUUAGUCACUUAAAAAAACAGUAUAAUUCUAAACAUGUAAUUGAACAUGUAAUUUGAUUUAGUUCUGGAAGGACAGUUGUCUUUGAUUAAAGCCCCACCAAAACCCAUUUAAGUAUUUAAUGUACAUCCUAUUCAUAUUAUGGCCUGUAAACACUAAUAUCUGAGCAAUUAAACUCAUCUACCAUUUUGAUGAAAUUUGAAUAAGUUUAAAAACGUGUAAGCCUUUGAACAAAUGUGUGAAAGCUUUAAAAGAUCAUUAGCAUUUUUAUUUUGUUUACAAAUAAGCUUCCAUUUAAAAAAAAAAAAAACUCACUACUUGAAUGUUAAGCUCUCAAACAAUAUUGUAUUUAAAGGUACUAUAUUGACCUAGGAGGAUAUAGAAAUUAUAUUCACCUGAUUAACUGGAGCAGUUUCACAUAGUGGAAAUACUUUUUUGCUAAUUUGAUUAUAAGUGCUCAAAUUUAUUGAAAUUAGAUUCUCUUAUGCCUGUAGAAGUAUACUUUAAAAAUAUUUUGCAACAACUGUCAAAUUAUUUGGGUUCCUUUAAAUAGCAAACAGUUGGGAAAUGUUCCACAAAAAAAUGCAUAGGUUUUAUUAAUACCUGUUCAUGUAGUAUGUGGACUAAAACAAUCGGUAUUUAUCUGUAUGUAUAAAUGAAUGAUCUUAUCUUGCCCCAAAUUUUUCUUACCUGAUUCUGAGCCAGCCUUUUUGCUUUGAUGGCACCCUGUGAGUAUGUUCCAUUUUCUGUGAACUUUGUCAAAUUCAUACAAUAUGAGGAAAUGAUCUAAUAUUGUGGGCCCCAGGCAGGUCAUCUUAAUUGCAUGUCUGUCUCUUCUUCUGUAAAAUUAUGGGGUGGAACCUAGAGUUGGACAAAAAAUUAGAGAUCACUUAACAUUCUGUGAUUCAAAGAAUUCUUAGGAAAUUUUUACUCUGUAGAAUCUCAGAAUGAUUACUCUCAGAUCUACUGUUCUUGGUGGAAACUCUCACAGUGCCUUGCAUGCAGUAAAGGUUUGAUUUGCCGACUGGCUGCUGGCUGAUGUGUGUUAAUUAUCACACAGACUCCAAGAACCUGAUGCUUGCUAGACCUUAGUUCCCCGGUGAUGCUAAGAGUAAAUGUAGUUUUCCUAGGAACUGAGCACUGAGGUCUGUGUGCUUUGCCUGUGUAGAAUCUGUCUAUGCAGUUGGUAUUCAGGCAAGAAUUAUAGCUGUAACAACAAUGGAAAUAUUGGAGGACCCACUUUUGCAUUUAUGUAAAGAUUUCAUAUCCUAUCCAACAUUUACUUUAGUGUCUAAUCAAAUUCCAUACCCUCAAAAAGAUCUGUUGGAACAAAUUUAUAAAAUUAGGUGGAAAGGAAAGUGGUAUGGGUCUCAAAUGCAAGUCACUUCUGGUUUAAUUAUUGGCUCUGCUGCUUAAUUCCUCUGUACCUCACGUCCUCAUUGUUGAAGUGGGGACAAUAAUCUGGACCUACCUCACAGGGGAAUUGAGGAUAUUUUCAUAUAUUAGUGUGCUUUGAAGUUGAUUGAAAGAUAUACUGGAUAUCAUAAUUAUAUAAUUUUUAAAUAGAUUUCUUUAAAUCCAUGCUGUGUUUUCUUUCUCAGUCAGGUCCUACAGAAUGACUAUUGCAGUUGAUCUGUUGUUUUAAUAGUAAAUUUUGUUAUUAAUCCCCUAUAUGUUAAAAGUGGGUAAUUGUAUUAUGUUAAUACAUAUUUAGGGAGGAAAAGCAGGUGGAUAUAAAUCGGUGGUUCCCAACUUCAGCAGAUGAUAGUAGUGGAGGGUAUCCUUGAUCUUUUUGUAAUAUUUCAAAAAGUAUAUUAGAAAUUAUAUAUUUACCCAUAAUAUUCCUGCUUCACAAGCCAAUUAAGACAUUGAAUUUCCAUGCAUCUUGCCUAUAUUCUCUCAAUUCUGUGUUAUCACUGCUUGCUUAUUAACAACUGAUCAAAAGCUGUGAACGGCAGUAUGUUUUUGAUUAAUAAUAAAAUAAGCCUAUUAUGUGCAUCUUAUUAAAUACUUGGAAACAUGGGAAAAAGAAUAAUGAAGGGAUUCUUAUGGUAAAAAUGUUGGGAACCACUUUUGUAAAGGAACUAAGAUUAUUUGACCCUCUCCACAGAUUGCUUACCUAGUCUCUAAAUAAUGAAAUGCGUGUGUUUGCGUGUUUUGGCUAUAUUAGGCUAUAUAACUCAAGGUGAAAAUUUGCCUUCAGUUUUUUUUUCUGUUUUAGAAUAUAACUGGCCUAGUUUAUUUAGGUGUGUACAUGUUGCUCAUAUAUACACACACAUAGAGGAUUACAAAUGUGGAAAAUGUUAUAAUGUCAUAUUAUAGCAUUGGACUAAAUAUCAAUUUCUGACUCUUAAAGUAGUUCUGUAUAUAAAUUCAACAUGAUGAAUCAAGGCAAUAAUUUCUCAAAUGUUCUUUUAUUUCUUUGUUUUUAUCUCGACUUUUUUUUCCAUUGUUUCUAGUAUGCAAAUAGUGUAAAAUUGUUUUAAUGCCUGGACUUUGAAACAAGUAACAAGUGUUUGAAAGUAUAUAAUCUACAAGCGAAUUUGCCCUCCUUGGACUAACCACAUACAAAUAUUAAUCUGGCUGCAAGAACAGGAUAUCCAGGUAACUAGAGGGUGGGCAUUGAUAAAAAUAUCUGGUAGAGAAGCCUAGGAUUUUGACUUUUUGUCAGAGGAUUCCUGUUGGGACAGCUUUACCAGAAAAGAAUAAUAGUGGAUAUGAUCGUCCAAACUAAGAACUUUCAUGCAUCUUGCAUUGUUACGUAGCCUGUGGAAUGAAUUCAUUUUUUCUCCCUUGAGUCCAAGAAUGACUUCCCUGGAAAAACUUAAUCUAUAUACAGCUGUGCCAAAAUGAAGGAUACCUGCCUCUCUGAAACUUUCACUGCUGCUUCUGUCAUUGUUCACUUGUCAGAUAAAAUUUUAUUAUCUCAGGAUGCAAACUUAAAAUAAAGUGUAAAUCUAUGUUAA